CCUCGAUCCAAUCAACGUCAUAAAAGAACAAACGUUUAUUGUGCUGUUAUCGCCCCCCCCCCCCUCCCUUACUCCCAUCGCCGGAGAGUAAAUCACUUACAAAAGCCUCCCUCGAUUUCCCGUCAUUUAUAACCACAAAUCAAACAGCAACGACAAUGAGUAGACGCAAGAUUAUUUCCCGCCGCCGCGGCCCUGAGGAUGAAGAGGAUGAGGAACUAGGAGCUGAGGACUCUUACACUGAUGACUCUGGCCUUAGCGAAAGUGAGCGGGAGGAGGAUGCGGCUACCGAUGGGACUCUCAGCGAGGAAGAGGGUGACGACUUAGAUGAGGGGGAAGUUGCGAAUGAGGGCAAAACGGCAGGGACGAAUGGAGAGGGUGGCGGAAAGGCAAAGUUUGUGCACGCUGGCAAUGGGGAUACGGAUGUUAUGAUAAAUGGCGUGCGGGGAAAGGAUGAGGAUGCUGAAGAGGUGGAUUUCUCCGAGAUGGGGGAGGAUGACGGGGUGGAGAAAGCGCUGGUCAAUAAUCCCCGGGGCGAGGCUGCAGAGGAGGAAGUGGGUCAUGAAGAGAUGGAGCAGGGGGAGCCACAGUCGCAGGAAGUUGAGGAGAAACCUCAUGAAACUGCGGAGGAGAAAAGGAGACGAGAGCAUGAGGAAUAUAAGAAGCGGCGAGAUGCCGAUCCUGCGUUUGUACCUAACAGAGGUGCCUUUUAUUUGCACGACCACAGACACGCUGAGGGAUUCAGACCUUUUGCAAGGGGCGGCGGAAGGGCUGGAAGGGGUGGUCGAUUCUCUAGGCUGGUUGGACUAACACCUCUUCAAAGUGAAUAUAUGAACCACAGUGCCCCCGUUGAACUUCAGUGGCAGCACGAUAUGCAUGAAGAAACUCAUACAGAUCACCGCCGCUCAAUGCCUGUUCAUCAGAGUAACCACUCGUUUGCGCCUAAUAAUCGCCUACGAGGGAAUGGAGACCCCCCACGAUCUUUUGGACGAACCGUUUAUAAAGGAAAUGUUCAGAUUCAGGUCAAUCUCCCAGGGAUGAAAGCGCCCAUCACAUUUAGCGAGGUUCCAUCAAAGGUGUACACAAGGCUACCCUACCACCGACCUCCGCUUCGACGGGACAAACCCGUCCGAAUUGCACUCCCAGAUGCGCCAGUUAGAUACAUUUAUCCGAGCCCCACCCGCUCAUUUAUAUUUAUUCCAAGAGCGAUGAGGCCUGGUGGGUCAGGAUAUAUAAGAGGUGGCGGCCGCGGUAGAGGCGGAUUCUACAGUCAGGGGAGGAGCGUUUAUGGCGGCUCGAACGGAUAUUCUCCAUCCGUUGGGAUGUCCCGAAGAUCGUCUUUACAUCAUGUUGAAUCGUCCUCUCGACCAUCGGUUGGAGAGGAAGAGCCACCAGCCAAGCCUAUUGUUCCGCAACACCCGCCACCAUCCUAUACACCUAACCCCGUCGCGUACCGUGAGCAUCGGGCUACUCCAAAGAUCCCAAUGCAUCAGCCACGACCCCAGAAAGCUGUCAAUGUCGCCGAGAUAGACUCUCCGGCUGUUAUGCAUUUUCCUCAAUCUUACGGUGGGCAUAUGUAUCCGGAAAAUAUUCCCACCCCUGGAGUCCCUCAGAACAUGUAUGCCCAUUCUCGACAAGCUUCAUACCCAUCCCAAACCUCUGGAACACCACUCUCUCAUAUUCCGGAGGCCGCUGUCCAUGCUCGAGCGUUUCAUCCCGUGUAUCCUCCCCAGCCCGGAUACUAUUCGUAUCCCCCGCAACCCCACCCUGUUCCCCAGAUACAUCAAAUUCAUGGGCUGCCGCCACACCACCACGACCCUAGAGCCCUCCACCCACCUCCUCCAUAUGUUCCUUCGGGGCCGUCGCCUAUGCCAAAUGGUGCUGCCAACCAUUACGCUAUAAUACCCGCUCAACCGCCUGCUCAGCCCGUAGCAGUGACAACUGGUCCACCCACCGGCCCUACAACAAUUGCGCAGGAAAGCAAUGGGAUGGUCUACUACUCUACUUGGGAUCCCAAUCAAUACUAUACUUAUCCAACUGGAGGGCCUGCAGGUUAUCCUGGCACCCCCGGCAUGCCGAUUACCCCUGCUCCGGAUGGGUCUGUGAAUGGUGCGCCAGGACCAGGACCAGUGUACUUCUACCCAGGAGCUCAAACACCGCAUCAGCAUCCCAUCUACUACGCACAGUAAAUGUCUGAACUAGAAGAAUACCUGGUUUUUCAUUUCAACUCAUGGAGCACUGUUUUUUAUUUAUUUACUUGUCUUUUCCUAAUAAUUGUUUCCGCACUCAUCAUAGUGCCAGGAUUCCCGAUACUGGUUUCUGCCAUUUUUUUCUUUUUUCUUCCUUUCAUAUCAGAGCCUAGUUCAUGGUACUUUCAUUUACUGGGCAACCUCGUACGGCUUUUCUUCACGAUCAUCAAUCUCAUAUCCUCUGUUCUAUGUUUGUGCUGUGCAAUCUUGACGCUGAGUUUACGGAUAUUGUUGCCAGCCCAUUAGCUAUUACGGACUUGUUUCUAAGAGGAUCGAGAAAAAAGCAUUUCCAUCACGUUGUUUACUUCACCUGGUCAACUUUUUUUUUUUUUUUUUUUUGACAGGGAAAAGGGCAUUAAAUUCGUAUGAUACUUAUCAUUAUUCAACUUCUCCAUUUUCACCAUCUCCGUUUGCUAAAUUACCUUUCUUUCUCUUUCAUUCUGGGAGUGUUUUGAAUAACCUUUUUUUUCGUCCUGCGUCUUCGCCAUUUGUUUACAGUCUGAUCACUUAUUAUUAUCAUCAAAUUCUUUCAUCUCUUGCAGCUUUCCCUUCACUAUCUUCCCACCGGUACCUUGGUCUUUUGUUUAUUCUUUUUUUGCCUUUUUUCCUUUCCACUCUAAGUUGUCAAAUGGGGAAGCCCCUGAAUAUGCAUGGUGCAAUAGAAGCAUGGAUCGAUCCACCUUUUUUUCCCCCUUCCCUUUCUAUUUUACUUAUCGAUUCGCCGUUUAUUGUGCUUUCCGCUUCUUUCCUUCCCAUCCUUCCCUCUCUCUCUCGUUAUUUCCAAGACGGUUCUAGUAGCCUGGCUGGUUGAUUAGUUGGUGGGGGGAGGUUCGUACUGUGUACCGGUAUUAUGGGUUUUCUUCGCUUUCAAUUUUCAGUUCUCUUUUUUUGUC